CUUCAGCUUCUCAGUCUGCGCUCUUGUCGCAGCACAUCCAACAACUUUUUGAGAUCAAAGCUGGCCAUUCUCAUUAAGCGCUUUUCAAAAUGGCGCGAAAUUCAGAAAAGGCGCAGUCCAUGCUCUUCAGGUUCCGCGCGCAGCAAGCCGCGGACCUGGGCAUCGUAGACGCCGGCCGCACCCGCCGUCCCAAGAUGAUCACGGAGUGUAACUCGAUUCCGAUCUGCGAAAAAUGGCGGGGUCAGGUACUCAAAGAGAUUUCGCGAAAAGUGUCAAAAAUCCAGGACACGAGCUUAUCCGACUAUCAAAUUCGUGAUAUCAAUGACGAAAUCAACAAGGCCAUGCGGGAAAAGCAUAUGUGGGAAGUGCAAAUACGAAAUUUAGGCGGGCCGAAUUAUAUGCGCGGGGGGAGAGUAUACGAUGACGAGGGCAGAGAAAUACCUGGAGCAGGAAAGGGCUACCGGUAUUUCGGCCGGGCACGUGAGCUUCCCGGAGUCAAGGAACUCUUCGAAGCGGCCAAACCAAAACCAAGCACGGAAGCAGCAGAAAUAAAACAACGCGCCGAGCUGCGCAAGCAAGUUGACGCUGGAUACUAUGGUUACAAUCUCGACGAAGAAGACGGAACGCUGGUCGCGUAUGAAGCCCAAAAGGAGAAAGAAUCAUUUGAGGCCCUGCAGCAUUCCGGUCGAGACGACGACAAAUCAACAGAUUGGGAACCCCUACCCGGAGAUCCAGGAGACGGACAAUCGUGGCGAUUGCCCACGCAAGAGGAAGUGCAAGAGGAACUCGUCGAGCGAAGACGUCGGAGGUUGUUGGAUAAGUUGAGCUAGGCGAACAUUUUCCAUUAUGUUUUCUUGAGUGUCGCAAGUUUUGUUUGGUCGUUGUGGGUUCCGGCCUAUCGAAAACAUACGGAGACAGAGUGGACUCAUUGCUGGGAGUUAGUUCAGCGCGGAAAAAGUCGAUGCCUCACCCUUGCAACAGUGAAUACGGUUGCGGGGGUUCGGCAUAGUGGAUGUUGCAGUGCAAGUUCAAAUUCUGUGCCUGUCGAGCGGUGGUACAUUCGUUUGCCUUACAUAUUCUGAUUGGUCAGGCGUUACUAUGGGGGAACGGGAACCUAACCUUUUAUUUAUUUAUUUUUUUGAUACAACCUCUUUCUUUUCUUAUAUAUAUGUAUUCAUCUUUUAUAUCUUUGUUUCCAUUUCCAUUUCUUCACUUUUAUGCUUCCCAAUUUUAAUUAUCUCAUUAUAUCUAAAUUGGAUUUAAAAUAU